AUGCAAAUCUUCGUAAAAACUUUGACGGGUAAAACAAUUACUCUAGAAGUCGAACCGUCGGACACAAUUGAAAAUGUCAAAGCUAAAAUUCAAGAUAAAGAAGGAAUUCCACCUGAUCAGCAACGUUUAAUUUUUGCUGGUAAACAAUUAGAGGAUGGAAGAACACUUUCUGAUUACAGACUUCGUGGUGGAAUUGAACCAACACUUCGCAUGUUGGCACGAAAAUUCAAUUCUGACAAAGUCAUCUGUCGAAAAUGUUAUGCUCGACUACACUCACGUGCCGUCAAUUGUCGUAAACGUAAAUGUGGUCAUACAAGUAAUCUUCGACCAAAAAAAAUAUCGAUUUAUAAACUGUGA